GGUAGCGGCGUCCCGCACUCAUUAAGCAAACACAGGAGUUCAGCACGCCAUUAUAUUAAAGCUGGGACGAGCGAGGAGUCUGCAGUCAGGGAAGUACCGUCUCCAGUUCGCACACACACAGGCAGCGUCUGAAGAUUUUGACGGAAAUUUAAGAUUUUUCUUCGUUUUCUACACGAAAAGGAAAUGCGCAAGAGUGUGUUAGUAUGGAUGAUGGUGGCAGGGACGCUCGCCACGGCCCUCGCCCUCCCUCGUCCCUCGAGACCACCGCGAGGACUUCUGGCUGUGGCAGGAGUGUCCAAGACCAGCCCUGCCUGUGAUGUGUGCGGACAAGGCUCUGGCCACUUCCCGGGAGACGGCCACAACCAUGGACACUUUCCAGGGGAUGGACACAACCACGGACACUUCCCUGGCGAUGGACACAACCACGGAGCAUCAGGGUCCUUUUCAGGAUCCGCGAGUGGCUCCUUCAGUGGUUCGGGAUCGGAUAGUGGUUCAGCGAGCGGAUCUUGGAGCGGUUCUGCAAGUGGAUCAGGAUCUGGCUCUGGUUCGGGGUCCUUCAGUAGUUCUUGGAGUGGCUCUGCAUCUGGAUUAUCUCGCCACAGAAGAUCAGGUGGUUUAGGAUCCUGGACUGGAGGCUCGACGUCGAAUAAGCCUGGAUCUGGCAACAAUGGAGGUUCCUGGAACAACGGUGGUUCUACUUCUAACAAACCAGGAUCUGGCAACAAUGGAGGUUCCUGGAACGGCGGUUCUACUUCCAAUAAACCAGGAUCUGGCAACAAUGGAGGCUUCUGGAACAAUGGCGGUUCUACUUCCAAUAAACCAGGAUCUGGCAACAACGGAGGCUUCUGGAACAACGGCGGAACUUCACAACGCGGUUCCAACAAACCCGGUUCCUAUCGCCCUGGGAGAUCGGUUCCACAGAGAAGAACCAGAGAAGCCGAAAAACUGAAAUCCAAAUUAUGUCCACUUUGCGCUCUGGGCAAUCUUGCGUCGGGAAGCGGUUCUGUCAGCGGUUCCUGGAGUGGUUCAGCAUCGGGAAGCGCCUCAGGAUCUGGGUCUGGUUCAGUUAGUGGUUCGUGGAGUGGUUCUGGUUCUGGCAGUGGGUCAGGAUCAGGAUCUGGUUCUGCCAGUGGGUCAUGGAGUGGUUCUGGUUCAGGAGGAUCGGGCAGCGGUUCAGGUUCAAUCAGUGGUUCCUGGGGAGGCAAUGGUGGAGGAUCCGGUAGUGGUUCGGGAUCGGGUUCAAUAUCUGGAGGUGGCUCAGGCAGCGGUUCAGGAUCUGGUUCCAUUUCUGGAGGCGGUUCAGGAUCUGGUUCAGGAAGUGGUUCAUGGGGCGGUUCUGGCAGUGGUUCAGGAUCUGGUUCCAUCUCUGGAGGCGGUUCAGGAUCUGGUUCAGGAAGUGGUUCAUGGCGUUCUGGCAGUGGUUCAGGAUCUGGUUCAAUUUCUGGAGGCGGUUCGGGAUCCGGGUCAUGGGGCGGUUCUGGUAGCGGUUCAGGAUCUGGUUCCAUUUCUGGAGGUGGCUCAGGCUCCGGUUCAGGAAGUGGUUCUUGGGGAGGCUCUGGUAGCGGAUCAGGUUCUGGCUCGAUUUCUGGUGGAAGCAGUGGUUCCUGGGGUGGUUCAGGAUCAGGUUCAGUAUCCGGAGGAGGUUCAGGAAGCGGUUCAUGGGGUGGUUCAGGCAGCGGCUCAGGAUCGGGCUCAAUCUCUGGUGGAGGCGGUGGUUCCUGGGGUGGGUCAGGCAGUGGUUCAGGAUCGGGUUCAAUCUCAGGAGGAGGAUCUGGAAACUGCCCUGGUUCAUGCGGCGGAGGGAGUGGUUCAGGCCAUCAAGUGGGCGGGAGUGGCGGCGGAGUAGCAGGGGCCGGCAGCGGUUCAUACACCAACAAGCCAGGCGUCGGCGGUUCAGGGCACCAAGUGGGAGGCAGCGGCGGAGGUUUCGGAGGCGCCAAGGGGACCUCCUGGAGCACAGCCGGGGCUUUCGGGUCCAACGGCGCCGGAGGUAUCGGGGUCAAGGUGGACGUCAGGAGCAGCUAGGAUGACCUGACUUGGUUGUCGUAGAGAGAGAGAGAGAGAGAGAGAGAGAGAGAGAGAGAGAGAGAGAGAGAGAGAGAGAGAGAGAGAGAGAGAGAGAGAGAGAGAGACGGACAUGUCAUUCAUUCAGAUAAUUUGUUACUGUUAUCUUUUAUUAUUGAAAGUUAUUUUUUUGCUAUUUCUC